GGUUAAAUGACGUCAUAUAUGCGCCAACAUAAUAUACAUGUGGAACUGUGUGGCUAAGUACAGAACAGCUUGUUUAACGUUAGUUGUUUAGUUUGUUGUCUUGGUUUCUCUGUCUGUCUGUGGUUGGAUAUCAGAGCUUUAAAAAGGUUUAGUUCUUCGUAAAAUUAUAAAGUGAAGAACUCUGAUUGGCUAUUAAAUGGUGCCAGGAAGCUUCCUGCAAAGAGGAGCCAACAAGCUAACAUCAACAGCUAGUUGACACAGCAACAUUAGCCAGCAGACAUUAGUCAUCUCUGCUCUUUACAGAUGGCUGAUGAUAGCGUGAAAAGUGAAGCGUCAGUCCAGCAGGAGAAUGAUAAUGGAGAUAGUAAGAGCAGUCAGAAGACAGUGAACAGUAAUGGAGAAGCUGCAGCUGAAAGCCAACCUCUGUCCAAAAGGCAAAGGAAGAAGCUUCUGAAGCAGCAGAAAUGGGAAGAAGAGAGGGAGCUACGAAAGCAGAGACGAAAGGAGAGGAAGCAGCAGCGUCGGCUGCAGAGGCAAAAUCAUCAUCAUCAGGAGGAGGAGGAGGGAGGAGAAGCCCAGAAUGUCAGGAAACGUCCACGCAGAGAGGUGACGCCCAGCUCACUGAGGCUGGUGGUGGACUGCAGCUUCGACAACCUCAUGCUGCUCAAGGAUGUCCGGAAGCUUCACAAACAGAUCCAGCGGUGCUAUGCUGAGAACAGACGAGCCUCGCAUCCAGUGCAGUUUUAUCUGACAAGCCUGGGAGGACAGUUGAAACAGAGCAUGGAUGAAAAGGACAAAGGAUGGGUAAACUGGAAGGACAUUAGCAUUAAAGUGGAGCACUACAGUGAAGUUGUGGUUAAGGAGGAGCUGGUAUACCUGACAUCAGACUCUCCCAACGUGCUGGAAGAGCUGGACCAAAAAAAGGCCUAUGUGAUAGGAGGCCUGGUGGACCACAACCAUCAUAAGGGGAUCACCUUUGAGAGGGCGAAGGAGCUGGGGAUCGAUCACGCCCAGCUUCCUCUGAGCAGUUUUGUUAAGAUGAACAGUCGGAAGGUUCUGGCAGUCAACCAUGUGUUUGAGAUCAUCCUGGCAUACCUGGAAAAGGGCAGCUGGCAGGAGGCCUUCUUCACCAUCCUGCCUCAAAGGAAAGGAGCAGUGGCUGUCGACCAGGAUGGAACAACUAUUCCGGAAAAUGAGGAGGAAGAUUCCGACUCUGACUCUGACCCCGACCCCGACACAACAGACCAAACUGAGAAAAUAGCCUAAAACUUCAAACAAAGUUCAGACACCUGAUGUUAUGGGAAAACACUUGGAUAUAUUGAUGCUGAGGCUAUUCUGUUUUUCAAAUUUCAAAAUGCCCUUUUUUUCUUUUUUUUUUUUUUUUUUUUUUAAACUGUUAUUUAUUGAAAGUUUUACUUUGUGCCUCCUGUAAUGGAUAUAAAAGAUUAGUUGAAGUUCUAAUAGAAAUACAAAAUUAGAAAUUUCAGUUUUGCUACAGUUUUUGGCAGAAUGUACAGUUGUUAUUACACUGACGAAAAUAAUGUAAACUUGAAUUUGUAUUCCUUUGUUUUAAAGUUCAAAGCUAAAGCUGUCAGACCUGAGCCAAAUGGACUCAUUUAAAAGAAAAGCAGGAUAAAGUCAACACAUGACCAUGAUUGUCACUGGGCCUGGAAUUCCUGGCAUAUUAUGGAAUUUUUGAGAGUAAAUUCACAAUAUAAAAAUGGA